AUGCUUCGCACCGCUCUGAGGCAAUGCGGCAGCAAGCUCGUUGGAGGUAGCUAUUGCCCGCGGGCAAGCUUCUCCACCCUCCCACGAACGUCAUCUACAACCUCUUUAGCCGCAAGGCGCCGGCCUCUUGCGCUGGCGACGCGGCUGUCGCAACAGAGGAGCUAUGCUAUUGCCGCCGAGGACACCGACAAGGGCGUGGAUCCGAACGACUCAUGGCUCCAGGGCAACACUGCCAACUAUGUCGACGAGAUGUACCUGUCCUGGAAGCGCGACCCGUCAAGCGUACACGUCUCGUGGCAGGUCUACUUCAAGAACAUGGAAUCCGGCGACAUGCCAGUAUCGCAGGCCUUCCAGCCGCCUCCCAGCCUCGUUCCCGCACCCGAAGGCGGUCCUGUCUUUGCUGGCUCCAUCGACGCGAGCAUCGCUCCGUCUCAAGCUCAAGGAACCGACGUCACCAACCACUUGAAAGUUCAGCUGCUGGUGCGAGCAUACCAGGCGCGAGGACAUCACAAAGCUAAGAUCGACCCGCUUGGCAUCCGCCUUGAGGCUGAACAGUUAGGAUACAGCAGGCCCAAGGAGCUGGAGCUCUCGUUCUACGAGUUCACGGAGAAGGACAUGAAUCAGGAGUUUGAGCUUGGUCCCGGUAUCUUACCCCGCUUCAAGACAGAGACUCGUCAAAAGAUGACUCUGCGAGAGAUUGUCGAUGCUUGUGAGAGGCUGUACUGCGGUUCGUAUGGUACUGAAUUUAUUCACAUCCCGGACCGACAGCAGUGCGACUGGCUCCGUCAGCGUAUCGAGGUUCCUACACCGUACAAGUACUCCGUAGAUGAAAAGCGGCGGAUUCUGGACCGCCUAAUCUGGGGCACAAGUUUUGAAGCUUUCCUGGCCACAAAGUACCCCAACGACAAGCGUUUCGGCCUCGAAGGCGGUGAGAGUCUGAUCCCCGGUAUGAAAGCUCUCAUCGACCGGAGCGUUGACUACGGCGUCAAAGACAUUGUCAUUGGGAUGCCUCAUCGUGGCCGUCUCAACGUCCUGAGUAACGUCGUCAGGAAGCCGAACGAGUCCAUCUUUAGCGAGUUCGCCGGAUCUGCUGAUGGUGCAGAUGAGGGCUCGGGAGACGUCAAGUACCAUCUGGGCAUGAACUUCGAGCGGCCAACACCAUCUGGCAAACGUGUCCAGCUUUCCUUGGUGGCCAACCCUUCCCAUCUUGAGGCAGAGGAUCCGGUCGUGCUGGGCAAGACGCGGGCUAUUCUUCACUACAACAACGAUGAGCAGGAAGCAAGGACUGCCAUGGGCAUUCUGCUUCACGGUGACGCUGCGUUUGCGGGACAGGGUAUUGUCUACGAGACCAUGGGUUUCUAUGCACUACCCAAGUACCAUACCGGUGGCACAAUCCACCUCAUUGUUAACAACCAGAUUGGCUUCACCACGGAUCCCCGCUUCUCUCGCUCAACCCCCUACUGCUCCGACAUUGCCAAGGCCAUCGACGCACCCGUCUUUCACGUGAAUGGGGACGAUGUCGAGGCCUUCAAUUUCGUCUGCCAGCUGGCGGCGGAUUACCGGGCGGAGUUCAAGAAGGAUGUUGUUAUUGAUAUGGUCUGCUACCGCAAGCAGGGUCACAACGAGACCGAUCAGCCCUUCUUCACGCAGCCUCUCAUGUACAAGCGCAUCGCCAAGCAAAGACCUGCUCUUGACACAUACAUUGACAAGCUUUUGGAAGAGCAUACCUUCACCAAGGAGGAUAUCGAAGAGCACAAGCAGUGGGUGUGGGGUAUGCUCGAGGAGAGUUUUGCCCGCAGCAAGGACUAUCAGCCGACUGCGAAGGAAUGGCUAACGUCCGCCUGGAAUGGAUUCAAGUCGCCUAAGGAAUUGGCCACCGAGGUCCUGCCCCACCUGCCAACCGCUGUCGAACGUGACCAACUGGAAUUCAUCGCGCACAAGACUGCCAACGCACCGGAAGGUUUCCAUGUCCACCGCAACCUCAAGCGUAUCCUGGCCGGGCGUGAAAAGACGGUGACGGACGGCAAGGGCAUUGACAUGGCCACUGCUGAGGCACUUGGGUUCGGUACCCUCUGUAUGGAGGGCCAUCACGUCCGAGUAUCUGGCCAGGACGUUGAGCGUGGCACGUUCUCGCAGCGCCACGCCGUGCUUCACGACCAGGAGAACGAGGAAACCUUCACGCCGCUCAACAACCUGAGCAAGGACCAGGCGUCUUUCGUCAUCUCCAACUCUUCUCUGAGUGAAUACGGAGUUCUCGGCUUCGAGUACGGCUACUCUCUGUCCUCGCCCAACGCGCUGGUCAUCUGGGAAGCGCAGUUCGGCGACUUCGCAAACACGGCGCAGGUCAUCAUUGACCAGUUCAUCGCGUCCGGCGAAGUCAAGUGGCUGCAGCGCUCCGGGCUCGUGAUGAGCCUGCCGCAUGGCUACGACGGCCAAGGUCCCGAGCACUCCUCCGGCAGGAUGGAACGGUACCUGCAGCUCUGCAACGAGGACCCGCGCAUCUUCCCGUCGCCGGACAAGCUCGAGCGCCAGCACCAGGACUGCAACAUGCAGGUCGCGUACCUGACCAAGCCGUCCAACAUGUUCCACAUCCUGCGCCGGCAGAUGAACCGCCAGUUCCGCAAGCCUCUCAUCCUCUUCUUCAGCAAGAACCUCCUCCGCCACCCGCUCGCGCGCUCCAACAUCGAAGAGUUCACCGGCGACUCGCACUUCCAGUGGCUGAUCCGGGAUCCCGCGCACGAGUCCGGCGCCAUCGCGCCCCCGGAAGAAAUCGACCGCGUGAUCCUCUGCACAGGCCAAGUCUACACGGCGCUGCACUCGCACCGCGAGUCCAAAGGCGAGGAGGGCAAGAAGAUCGCCAUCACGCGCAUCGAGCAGCUGCACCCGUUCCCGUGGCAGCAGCUGCAGGACAACCUGGACAGCUACCCGAACGCCAAGACCAUCGUCUGGUGCCAGGAGGAGCCGCUGAACGCGGGCGCCUGGAGCUUCACCCAGCCGAGGAUCGAGACGCUGCUGAACCACACGAAGCAUCACAACCGCAGACACGUCAUGUAUGCGGGGCGCAAUCCGAGCGCUAGCGUCGCGACGGGGCUGAAGGCCGUGCAUAAGAGGGAGGAGAAGGAGUUGUUGGAUAUCGCGUUCUCGGUCAAGCAGGAUAAGCUGAAGGGGGAGUAG